AGUUGCCUGCUGGCUGUACACACCCAAGUUCAAGGGUUCAGAAGAGACCUUCACCAUGUUGGUUUGAAUGGGUUCGCUGCAGCCUUCUUAAAAAGAAAAAAAGGGAGCGAAACGAAACGAAACGACUGUUCGGGGAGACAGGAUUCGAGAACGAAAAUUCUGCCUUCUCAUUUCAGCAGAGUGUGCCUGAGCCGCAAAAAAGGCCAGCAACAUGUUUGACAACACGCAAUAUCCCUACAACUGCUUUAACUAUGAUGGGGACGAUUAUCCGACGUGCAGCUCAGAUGAAGAGAAGAAAUUCACCAGACCAGCAUACAGCUAUAUUGCUUUAAUCGCAAUGGCCAUUCAGCAGAGCCCGUCCAACAAAGUGACGCUUUCGGGCAUUUACGACUUCAUCAUGAAGAAAUUCCCGUACUACAGAACCAACCAGCGAGCGUGGCAGAACUCGAUCCGGCACAACCUUUCUCUGAACAGUUGCUUCGUUAAGGUUCCACGGACAGAAGGCAACGAAAAGGGGAAAGGGAAUUACUGGAGCUUCGCGUCGGGCUGCGAGUCAAUGCUGGACCUCUUCGAAAAUGGGAAUUACAGGAGGCGGCGACGGAGGAGAAACGUCAAGCGAGAAGCCAGAGGGAAAAGGUCGUCUGGGGAGAAGAACGGCCCGCCUGUGUUUUCCUCGGCGGAUUCGGGCUUAUCCGGCAUCUCUCGUCCUUCCAGCGGGAAAAUGGAACCCCAGUCCAAAGCACUGGAGCCUGGCGAGUUUUUUCCGAACGUCGUCGCCAGCCAAGAGAGUCUAAACAGUUCCUCGGUAGGAAAAUCUGACUCCGAAAUUAAAUUUAGCAUUGAUUACAUUCUCUCGGCCCCAGACCCACUCCCUGUGCUGAGGUCGCCGUAUCACGUGCAAGACAACAAAUUCCCCUUCUUGGAUUCUCCGCACAUCAGUCUCCAGUUCUGGACAAUGUGAAGUCAGUUCUGCGACCCAACGGGAGCUACUGUGUAGUUUUUGUUUCCAUCUGGCGGUCAGUGUAUGUUGUUUAGUUAACUCCGUCUACUUUUUUGUUCGGCAACCCUUCUCAGGAGAGGAGGUAAAAGGACUAACGGCUUGUCCCUUGCUGCUUUAGGAACUUACAAAGAUCUGUGGUGUUUGGAAAUGAAGGGCUUCCCCUCUUCUUGACAUUUCAGCUAUCACACCUGUUUCCCAUUCCCGGUAUUUCUGUUUUGUCAAAAAAACGGUCCCUCGAGUGACUCUUCCUUCGGGAAUUACUGUUGAUCGGGAAUGAACGAGCCGCACAAAGCUAUUCCACCUGCAUCCAUGCCUUCCAAAUUUGAAUCAAGGCAUGCUAUAAAAAUCUCUGCCAUGGGUGUACUCAUAAGGAAUGGGGAUUUUGUUUUCUAAAACUGUGAGGAGCACAGAUAGCCACCGCCGGAUCUCUCUGAACAU